AUGUCCAACUUGUGGAAAGGACCAAAGUUCACAGAAGUCAACGCUGGCUCAGAUGAUAUGAACAUCGCCAGUAUCGCCUGGGGCAUAUCGCUCGGCAUCCAAGCCCUCAUACAAAUCAUCGUCAACAGAAUCGCUAUACUCAUGGUUAAUCGGCAAAACGCAAAAUGGCUCAAGAUCUGGUCGUUUGUCAUUAUUCUGUGUAUCAACAUCAGCGUCUUUAUGAUUUGGAUCCCAGCGAGGCUGCAGAUCAACGAUACAUGGGCAGACAUCAAUAAAGUCUGGGAUAGGAUCGAAAAGGUCAUCUUUCUGCUCGUCGACGCCGGACUCAAUCUCUACUUUAUCCAUCUUGUGCGAUCCAGGCUUAUUGCGAAUGGCCUUACCAAGUAUACCCGUUUGUUUCGAUACAACUUGGGUAUGAUUGCUGUUUCCAUGACUAUGGAUAUCCUCCUUAUUGCCAUGAUGUCUCUUCCCAACGACAUUGUCUAUGUCCAGUUCCACCCCCUCGCUUAUCUCGUCAAACUCCACAUCGAAAUGAACAUGGCCGAUCUCAUCAUCAAAGUCGUGAAAGCCAGCAACAGUAAUGGCUACGACUACUCUGGCUCCAAGUCUGGCAACACCCAACCGAAACAAAAUGGCGCCAACAAGCUCGGAAAAGGCCAUAUCCCAUCAGCCAUGUUUGUCGGAGGCAACUUGACCCUUAUCCAAGCUGGCGUUGACGAUGACGAAGACAUCGAGAUGAACAGGAUGGAAGGUGGUAUUCAGAAGACCACCAGGACAGAGGUUGUGGUCAAACAGACUAGACCCUCUGACAGCGACGAUCGGGAUGUGGCCAGCGAUGCAGAGUCAAUGCGGCCGCUGAGAAAUAAUACUUAUACGGUCCCGGAACCAAAGAGGCGUCGAAGCUCUCAAAUUGCAAUUCUUACAGCACCAUAG